CAGCAAACAAUCAUCUUUUCUGGUGGGGUGCUUGACUUGAGCUUGACUUGAGCAGUCCUUCGCAUGAACAGAUAGAUUCCGCUGGAUCGUAGUCUCUCAAGCUCGAGCCUCGACGAGUUCGAUCGGCUACUGCAUUCGCCUCUUCGCUCGGACUCGAGCUUCUUCCAUGCUCAAGCUCCAAGGAAGAAUCUAAUCAAGAUUAUGCCUCUAACCUUCGAUAAAUCUUACAUUCAUCUUCCAGGGGAUGUCUGAAACUCUCUUCUUGCUCUCUUUUGUUUUUGGUGAUGCACAGUAAUUCAUCAAAUCAAAUGAUCACGCAGAGGGCUUUUACUUGUACUCUUUCAUCUCCUUUGGCCCUGGAAUGGAAGUACGAGAUCGGACGCAGUGCCUUUAUAUAACCCCGUAAAAUCUCCUCAUCUUUGUUGAAUCGUCAACACUACGAUUUAUUUCUGAGGACUCCUAUAAGGACAAGGUGCAAUCAUUUCUCUUGUCUUUGACAAAAUUUGUCCAAGAAGAUAUGGCAUCUUUCCCAAGCCCAGAAAACAAACAGAGUCAGUACAAGUAUGAUGUUUUCCUGAGUUUCAGAGGUGAGGAUACCCGCAAAAACUUUGUUGACCAUCUGCACGAUGCUUUGAGGCGACGAGGAAUCAUGGCCUUUAAAGAUGAUCACGACCGAGAUCUACCGAGGGGAAAACAUAUUAAACCAGAAAUAUUGGGGGCAAUAGAGAAGUCAAGAUAUGUACUUGUGAUUUUUUCUGAAAACUAUGCUUCUUCUACCUGGUGCUUGGAAGAAGUUGCUAAGGCUUUGGAGUGCAAGGAUAUCGAUGAAGGAUCAGUGAUACCGAUCUUCUACAAGGUCAAUCCAUCUGACAUACGGAAACUGAGGGGAAACUUUGGGAGAGACUUUGCUAAAAUUGAGGAAACCUAUACGCGUGACAAGGGAGAUGUAAAGAGGUGGAAGGAUGCACUUAGAAAAGUAGCUGAUCUUGCCGGAAGAGAAUUGAAAGAUGGAUAUGAGACAAAGUUUAUUCAGCAAAUCAUUGGAGAAAUCGAAAAUAAACUGGGUCCUCGGCUGUCCUCUGUUGUAGGCAAUCUUGUGGGAAUGCAUUCCCGUGUUGCAGAUGUAGUUGAACAUUUAUGCUUGGGCGAGAGUGAUGUACGCAGUAUUGGCAUAUGGGGUAUGGGUGGCAUAGGCAAAACAACCGUUGCACGAGCAGUUUAUGACAGAAUCUGUGGCAAAUUUGAUGAUGGCUGUAGUUUUCUCGCCAAUGUCCGAGAAGUUUCAGAAAAGAAUGGUCUGAUAUAUCUACAAAACGAAUUUCUCGGUGAUAUUCUCCAUGAGGACAAUUUGAGAAUCAGGGAUGAUCAUAGAGGAGCCAACAUGAUAAAAGAACGACUGCGACAUAAAAAAGUUCUUCUUGUUCUUGAUGACGUGGAUGAAAAGGAGCAGUUGGAAAAAUUAGCAGGAGAUCUUGAUUGGUUUGGACGUGGAAGUAGGAUCAUUAUAACAACCAGAGAUCAACAUUUGCUUCUCCAAUAUGGAGUAAAUGCCAUAUAUAAGGCAGAAAAAUUAUCCAUUGAUGAAGCUCUUGAACUAUUUUGUUUGAAAUCUUUUAGAAGUCAAGAUCCCUCAGCAGGGUUUGAGGAGCUCGUGGAGCAGUUUAUUAAAUACACUGACGGCCUUCCUCUAGCACUUGAUGUCUUAGGUUCCUUUUCGGCUAAUAGAAGCUUGAUGCAAUGGAAGAGUGCGCUGGCCAGACUUAAAGAAUGUCCAGAAAGGAAAAUUAUUGACCUGCUUAGGUUAAGUUAUGAUGGACUAAUGCAGAUAGAGAAGGAGAUUUUCCUAGAUAUUGCCUGUUUCUUCAAGGGAAAGGAGAAAACUUACGUUACAGAAGUUCUGGACAAUUGCGGCUUCUACCCAGAUAUUGGAAUGGAAGUCCUUGUUGAUAGAUCUCUUAUCGAAAUCAGGGACAACAAACUGUGGAUGCAUGAUUUGCUGCAAGAGAUGGCUUGGGAAAUUGUUCGUCAAGAGUCUCCUGAAGAGCCAGGAGAACGAAGUCGAAUCUGGCUUUUUAAGGACGUAUGCCAUAUUCUGUCGAAAAACUCGGGAACAGGAAAAGUCAAAGGCAUAGUCUUGCAAUCUGGUGACUGGAGAACAGUGUGCUUGAAUGGAGAGUCAUUCACAAACAUGACAAACUUAAGAUUGCUUGAUAUUCAUGCCAUCCGCCUCUCUUCUGGGGUUAAGCACCUUUCAAAUGAACUACGCCUGCUAAUAUGGGACAACUGCAAUCUUAAAUUACUUCCACCAGGUUUUAUUCCAAAGAAUCUUCUUGAACUCAAUAUGUGGGAUUGCCUCCUUAGCAGACUCUGGAGAGGGGAAAAGGUCUUAGAGAAGUUAAAAGUCAUCAACCUCAAUGGUUCCAAAUUAUUCGUGGAGACUCCAAACUUCAUAAAUGUCCCAAAUCUAGAGAGGCUAAUUCUGAAAGGUUGCAAAGCACUAUCUCAGGUUCAUCCUUCAAUCGGAAUGCUAGAGAGACUCAGUGUACUUGACUUGGGUGACUGUGAAAACCUCACAAGACUUCCAGAUAGUGUAGGUAAUCUAAAAUCUCUCAAAGUUCUUAAUCUGUCUGGAUGUUCAAAUCUUGAAGAGCUGCCUGAGAGCAUGGGGGGCUUAGAGUGCUUAGAGGAGCUUGACAUUAGUGAAAGUGCCAUUACGCAUCUCCCAUCCAGCUUGACAUUCUUAAAAAAUCUGAAAAACUUAUGGUUUCAUGUUAGUAAAGGAAGGCGACAAGAUUUUUGGAGGACACUGACGCGUAUGCUGAGAAGCACUCUGAACUCUAGACUUCGGCGGUUGCCUUCAUUUUCAGGGCUAUCCUCUUUAACAGAGUUGGAUAUGAGUGGCUGCAGUCUUCUGGAAGGAGAAAUUCCCAGUGAUAUUGGCUGCUUACCCUCCUUGAGGUUUUUAUACCUAGCCGAAAACAGUUUUACCACCCUACCUGCAAGCAUCAACCAUAUCUCUGAUCUGGAAUCUCUUGUAUUAAAUCAUUGCAAAAAUCUUGAAACAUUGCCAAGACUUCCAGAAAGCAUAAUCUUCGUAGAGGCUGACAAGUGCCUCAGAUUGGAAAGGAUGUCAAACCCAUUUAUUAUAUGUACAAUUUCUGACUCCAGGUUUUGCUUCGUCAAUUGCUCCCGUUUGCUUCCGCAAGAUCUUGAUUUAACCUUGCAGCAGAAGUACUCCUUGUCGUUGUUGCGUUACACCAUUUGGUGUUCCGUAAGACAAAUUCCUGACACUUAUGUGGUGUUUCCAUGUCUGGAAGGUGAAAUACCGGAGUGGUUUAGCUACCAGACAGUUGGACCUUUGUUGAGCAUAGACAUGUCACCUAAUUGGUUUAACAAUAAAUGGAAAGGAUUCGCCAUCUGCGCUUCUUUUGAACGAACCAACUGCAACUCCUGUCAGGACCUGGAAAAUGCCCCCUUCAUUUUUUGCGACUUCUAUGUUGAUGGAAAUCGGCUAGUUCCCACGGUUGAGUUUCCCAUCAGAUUCGUCAAUUCAGGUUGCCUUUGGCUGGGCUAUGUGCCAUAUUGGCUAUGGGAUACCAAUUGGCGAGGGUCAAACCGCAUUGAUGUUUCACUUAGGAUCACCAACCCUGUUUUAAAGGUGGGAAAGUGUGGUGUUCAUCUGGUUUACCGCACGCAUCCAUCAGAUUUUGAUUAUUUUCUAAUCAGGUGGUCUAGCUCGUCGCCCAGGGAUUGGGAUCGCAUCUACCAUGAGUUCGGACAACCAAGGGAGGGCAAUACGAUCUUAGAACGUUCCUAUCCGCCUUACUCUCUUGAGCAAAUUUCCAAAAUGCAUGAAGUUGGAGUGCGAUGUGGGUUCCGGAACUAUCUGCGUUACCCUGGAGGUCAUACAGUCGCGGAGUUUAUAUGUGCUUUUGGGCACGUAGCGGAGAGGAAUUUGGGUCGUCGUCGACGUCGUCUUCGAUCUCUGGGCUUCAGUAAAUGUCUGUGGAGAGAUCGUUCGAAGCAUGGGAGGAGGUGCAGCGGAGACGGUCAGGACCUAGCCGACCGCCUCGCGCAGGGCUUCACGGGCCUGAUCCAAUCCCACAUGACCCCUCCUUCCUUCUCGUGGCCGAACCCCCCGCAAGCCAAGCUCUUCGACCUGGAGAUACUGCCCCAGCAGAGCUUCGUGAUGGCCGAUUUCAAGUUGUACUAUGUUUUGGCUGCAUGA